AUGAAAAGACCCACCUGUUCUUUGGAAACACCAGCAGCAAUGGAGCACGGUUCUGUAAGGGAUCCAAGCAGUGCAACCUUCUCUUUUGUAGAUGAAGAUCAUACUCUUGCAAAUUCUGUCAGAUUCGCCUUGAAUCAAGAUCCAAGGGUAUCAUUAUGCGGAUACAGCAUCCCUCAUCCUUCUGAUUCUAGGGUUAAUAUUCGAGUGCAGACUACAGGUGAUCCAGCAAGGGAGGUGUUGAAAGAUGCAUGUCAGAAUUUGAUGUUGAUGUGCCAGCAUGUGAGGAGCACUUUGGACAAGGCUGUUGAUGAUUAUAGAAGCAAUCCCACAGAUAUGGAUACCAAAUAA